UGAAAAUCCAAGAAUUACAGACAUAUGGAGGAAUACAAAAGAAGCAGCGGUGUCCUUUCCCGUUUAUCAUCAAGAGAGAGAGAGAGACUCACAAUCAUCUACUGUUUCCUUCUCAAUUCGAUGACGAUCGCUCUCAACCGGUAGCCGCUCCGUUCUUCCUUUAAGGAAAAAGGCACAAGUUUGAUCAGUUAUGGCCGAUGAUUUUAUUAUGACUGAUACGACUAUCGAUCUUGACUUAAACCUAGAACCCAUAGAUUCAUCUCCCGGUUCGUCUAUUCAAUUUUGGUCUAUAUUAGAUGAACUAGAGAACACGCAUGGUCGAAUCGAGGAAAGAAUUCAACAGCUUGAAGCUAUUACAACUAGGGCAAUGCAACGCCAUAGAAGGCAAGCCACAGAAGUUGAAGAAACGGUGGCGGCGCCGUUUCACGUUACAGAUCCGUUAAUCAACAAUCAAGAAACGGCGGCGGCGACGACGGCGGAUAGAGCUAAAAUCGGGAAAAGGGAUAGGGCGUGUUUGGUAGCUGAGGCUUUAGGACUCAACACGAUAACUAAGAACAGUGUCGGCGAUGGAGGUGGUUUCUUUGACUGUAAUGUCUGUUUCGACUUGGCUAAGGAACCGAUAUUAACCUGUUGUGGACAUUUGUUUUGUUGGGCAUGUUUCCAUCAGUUACCUUAUGUGUAUUCCACUGCUAGGGAAUGCCCAUCUUGUAAAGGUGAGAUUGGUGAGAAUAAAAUUGUUCCAAUUUAUGGAAAUGGUGGAGGCAAUCUUGAUUCCUCUAAUUUAGGGUUUGGAUCAAGAAUCCCUCCUAGACCUAAAGCUAAUCGGGUUGAAAGCUUGAGGGAUCAUCAUCGUGUCUCCCAUAUUCCAGUUUCUGCAGCACUUAGGAGAAUUAGGAUGGGGAUUGAUUCAAAUGGAAGCCCUAGCACUCAAAUUCGUACCUCUUUAACCGAGAGUGCUGCUUCGGUUUCGUCAAUUUCAUCUGCUAUAAAUAGUGCAGAGAGAUUAGUGGAGGACUUGGAGACCUACCUACGCAACCGCAUCCUACGUAGAACUGAUUCCGACAUAGUAUUCACUAUUAGUAACGCCGAGGCAGAAGAUCCUAUUGGUCCUGCAGGAAGCGCAGGUCCUUCGGAUGAGGAGCAAUUGGCGAGAAUGAUAACUAGUGCCGGUGCAGUUUCUUUCAGUCGAUCCACUGUAGGACCUCCUUCUCCUGAAGUUGCAGAUGAGGAAACAGAAUCUUCCCAUGAGGUCCAACGGAGAAGAUUGAUCUGAUGAUAUGAAGAUCUUGAUGUUGUUCAUAAAUCAUAGUGAAGAACUGGUUAAAGUUUUUAAAGAGUUAUUUGAACUUCGUUUUCUUUCAUUUGGUGGAUUAUUAAUGGCUUUUUUUGUUAAUAUUUCAAAGCCAUUGGGGAUUAUCAUAUAUUAUAUUGCAUAAUUUUAUAAUUUAUGGGGUUUUAUAUCAU